AUGCAAUACGUCCAAAAUCUGUCGCUAUUUACAUCCGACCAAGAUGUAUUGGACAAGAACCAGGCGCUAUUCGUCAAGGCGAUUCGGGGCGGGAAUCUAUUCUUCCUGCAGAGGCGCCUGAUAACGUCAGAUGACCCGGCUUCCAAGCUGCCGCCCGACUCAGUCGCCAUGGCCGUGCUGCACGGACAUGCCGAUGUCGUUGGCUAUCUCCUGGACAUAGGCAUGUCUGUCGAGAAGGAGGGCCCCUUUGGACCGCCACUACGAACGGCCAGCCUGACGAAUCAGUUAGCCAUUGCUGAGCUGUUGGUUAACCGCGGUGCGAGUGUCAAUGCAGGCGGACGUCUGGGCGAUGCCUUGUACGUGGCUGCCAUGAAAGGGCACACGUCGAUCGCGCGGCUACUCCUUGACCAUGGCGCCAGUGCCAGACAGGAAGGGGCCUUCUAUGGCAACGCCCUACAAGCCGCGGCCUACUUUGGUCAUAAGCAAAUUGUGGAACUUUUGCUCGCCUCUGAGGUGAUAAGCCACUCACGAAACCUCGUCCAAGGUGCAUUUUACGUUGCUGCCGAGGGUGGCCAUGAGAAUUCUGGCCGGAACGACAGCGACAAAAGUUGGCCGGAGCACGAAGUCGAUUUUGCGACUAUUUUCGCGGCAGCUUCCACGACCCGACUGACCAAGCUUCUCGAAGCAGACACGGCUGCUGCCACACCGUGGUACAUGGACAGGAGGAGGGUCUCAAGUCCUUUAAUAGCAGGCGCCCGUGCUGGACACACGGCCGUGGUCCAAUUCUAUCUUAUGCAGAAGAAGGUGUUCAACUACGACUUUUUCCAGGCCGCAAACAUUACCGCAAGAAACAAUCACCUGAACGUCGUCCGGGUUUUGCUUAAGCAUGCAGUGGCCAAACGCCUGAUCAAAGAUAUUUUCGAGAUUGUGUUUGAAGUGGCAGAAACGACAGGGAUUACCAAAACCACCGAUUUUGCACUAUACAUCAUGCGGACCAUUCGCCGCAUCUUGGCCUCUAAACAUGCCAUGCAACUCGACCGUGGCACACUUAGCCGUGGGCUUCAACUCGCAGCCACCCAUGACGCAUUGACAAUCAAGCACGCACAGCUCGACUCUCGCAGCAUUGCGGCGAAGCGGAGCACUUCUGACAAUGAUUUCGUGUCCACGGCUGCCACUGGCCACGUGCAAAAUUUGAAACGCCUUGUCGAAAACCAGCCGGAAAUUUGCACCAACCCUGCCAUCGCAGCCGAGGUCCUGCUUUUUUGA